AAGAGGGAGGCGGUCGUGAUGGCGGCUCCGGAGCCGGAAGUGGUGUGCCCGGCCGCAGUACCCGAUUUGGAAUGGUAUGAGAAGUCAGAGGAAACCCACGCCCCCCAGAUAGAACUACUCGAGACUACGUCUACUCAAGAACCUCCCAACCCUUCGGAGCCCUUUUGUCCCAGAGACUGCAUGGUGCCAGUGGUGUUUCCCGGGCCUGUGAGCCAGGAAGGCUGCUGUCGGUUUACUUGUGAACUUCUAAAGCAUAUCAUGUACCAGCGCCAACAACUGCCUCUGCCCUAUGAACAGCUGAAGCACUUCUACCGAAAACCUUCUCCCCAGGCCGAGGAUGCAAUGAAGAAGAAAGCUCGGGCCGCCGCUGAAGUGAGCAGCAGGAAAUGCCAACAAGCCCUGGCAGAACUGGAGAGUGUCCUCAGCCACCUAGAGGGUCUCUUUGCCCGGACAUUAGUACCCCGUGUGCUCAUCCUCCUUGGUGGCAAUGCCUUAAAUCCCAAGGAGUUCUACGAGCUUGACUUGUCCCGCUUGGCCCCCAAUAGCAUGGACCAGAGCCUGAGCACUGCGGCUUGUUUGCGGCGUCUCUUCCGAGCCAUUUUCAUGGCUGAUGCCUUCAGUGAGCUACAGGCUCCUCCACUCAUGGGCACCAUUGUCAUGGCACAGGGGCACCGGGACUGUGGAGAAGAUUGGUUUCGACCCAAGCUCAACUACCGAGUGCCCACCCGGGGCCACAAACUGACUGUGACUCUGUCCUGUGGCAGACCCUCUAUCCCAGCCACAGCCUGGGAGGAUUACAUUUGGUUCCAGGCACCAGUGACACUUAAAGGCUUCCAUGAGUGAAUGGGGCUGCUUCUUCAUCGUGAACACAAUGGCUUUAAUUAUCUUUCCCCCUAUGGCGCCAAGUCACCCAUCUCUUGCUUGGAGCUAGAAUUGCCUCCUGGUGAGAGGAAUGUUCUGUCCUUCCAGCUGCCUGCCUCCCCUCCUCAGACUUCCUGGUGGGCUGAUUGUAUGGCUGUGGCUGUCAUAAUUAUCACUGAACAACAUCUCUUUGAAUCAAAGGUUGAUUUUCCCAGAAGGUGCUGGGUCAGGCAUUUCUGUUCUGGUUGGAAGGCAAAUAUGGGGUCAUAGACAGACACUCUUUUGGAAGUGGCCCUUUAAUGCUUUUUGCUGUGGCAAUUCAGAAUUUUUGCUAGGGACAUAACUUAAAUAUAAAAAUGAAUGGAUUUGCAUUAAAUUAUCCUGUAACUCUUGGCUUCAGGAUUCCCAGGGUUAA